CCCAUAGAAACCGUCCACUGCCGUCACAAAUACAGGAAAAAUGGCGCUGAGUAUAUUGCGGAUCCCACUGCGACUUUCCACUAGAAAUACGGGGAUAAUGACCCGUAACACCAGCUUGAAAACAUCAAACAUAACCAGGACGACUCAAAGCAGGACCGCAGUAUCCACGCCGUCUGGAGCAAUUCUGCCGAAGCCGGAAAAAACACCCUUUGGUCUCAUCCGCAUGACAUUAGUGGUGGUGCCUUUCCUUUAUGUGGGAAAUCUGAUUAGCAAGAACUUUGCUGCUCUCCUGGAGGAGCAUGACAUCUUUGUCCCUGAAGAUGACGAUGAUGACGAUUGAGUUAACUCUGGAAAAUAAAUGAGCAAUAUUGCCUGAAAGGAUACCAGUUGGCACAAGGAAAAUGGGAAAGAUGGGGCACUUUGUCUUCCAAAUAAAUCCCUCUGUCUGCGCCACCCCCCCCCCCCCCCCCCCCCCCCCCCCCCC